AUGUUUGGCAAAGAAAUAACAAUCUUAUGGCAGACAAUGUUGGCCACAGAAUUAAAUGCAAUCGAUUGCAGGACAUUCGUAUUCGCGCCUCAAUGUCGAGGCGUUUCCAAGAAGUCUUUAGACUCGGAAUCAAAUCUGUAUUCAUUGAAUAAUGAAGAGAAAAUCAAUGAAUUGAAAUCUCAAUUGAAAGACAACCCUUUGAUUCGCGCUCUUCUCAAGAAUUGGUUCAAAGACUAUAAUAUGAAGGAAGACGAGGAAAAAGAGCCCAUAAUAUGAUUGUUGACUAUAUUUUGGUUUAAUGUUGUGUUUUUCUGACCAUAUCUCAGGCAUUGCUGUAAAUUAUUAUGAUUUAU